AUGGAUACUGUAAAAGACGCUAUUAACACAUUGCUUGGUCGAAAACCUUCUGGACCUAAAGUUCGUUAUGGUGUUAUAGCUGCUGGAUGGAUCAGUCAAAGUUCAUUUAUGCCAGGUGUUGGACAAACAUCCAAUUCAGUAUUAACUGUGCUAGUGAGUGAUGAUGCAGAAAAACGUGAAAAACUGGGCAAAGAAUACAAUUUGAAAUCAUACAGCUAUGAUCAAUUUUCGCAAGCACUUGCCGAUGGUCACUGUGAUGCAUUUUAUAUCGCCACACCAAACAAUCAACAUCGACAAUUUGCUGUUCAAGCUCUUGAAAAAGGUUAUCAUGUAUUACUUGAAAAGCCAAUGGAGGUUACAGAAGAAAAUUGUGAAGCUAUAUUGGCUGCUCAAAAACAGAGUGGUGCUAAAUUAAUGAUUGCUUAUCGUCUUCAUCAUGAACCAGGAACACUUGAUGUUAUUAAUCGUGUUCGAAAAGGAGAUUUUGGUGAUCCUCGUAUAUUUUCAUCAGUUUUUACUCAAUUUUUGACACCUGAAAAUCAUCGUGCUAAACAAGGUUUUGAUGCUGGUCCCAUUCCAGACAUGGGUCCAUACCCAAUUAAUGCUGCUCGAAAUAUUUUUGGUAUGGAACCAAUUGAAGUAACUGCUAUAGGAUUCAAAACUCCAGACCGUGAAUUUUUACAAAUGGAAUAUGAUACCGUUAGUGUUACACUUCGAUUUCCUGGCGAUCGUAUGGCUCAAUUUGUUGUUGGUUAUUCUGCAGCCGGUACUAAUUGUUACAAAGUUGUUGGUACCAAAGGUGAUAUUGAAGUAAAUCCUGCUUUUACGUGGGGUACUGGUGUGAAUAUUGCUUAUAAAACAAAAAUUGAUGGCAAAGAAAAUUCAAAGAAUUUUUCAGAAACAGAUCAUUUUGGUGGUGAAACAGAAUAUUUUUCUGAAUGUAUUUUACAGAAUAGUGAUCCAGAAGCUGAUGGUGAAGAAGGUUUACUCGAUGUGCGAGUAAUUGUUGCAAUAAAACAAUCACUCGAAGGAAAUGGAAAAACAAUUAAACUUGAAUCCCGCGAUCGCAAAAAACGACCAACAUUAAAUCAAGCAAAAACAUUAUCAUUAGCCAAAGAACCAAAAAAUUUUAUUGGUCGAGAUUCACAACCACCGGCCACAUGA